UGGAGAUGCGGAUAAUUAAGUUAAUCGCUAUAUAAUGUUAGGAACCUUAAUAUUUAAGUUUAAUCGAUAUUUAUUCGAUAAAAAUGGUUAAGUAUAUUGGGAGGGGUUAUUAGGCGUUCAAAUCACCCUUGAGGAUAAAUUUGAGAAAUUAAGUUGAGAUUAGGAAACCAAGUGAAAAGACCAAAAGACCUUACAAUUCCAUGCGAAACCAAACGACCCUUAUGACAAAUUCCCAUCACCGCAACUUCGACCAAUUGCAUUUUAACCAAUUCGAUACGCAACCUUUCGUAAACCGCGGCACCACAAAACCACUUGAUCAAAUUCACACUACAUCUCACAACCAUUUCAGCCGACUCUUUCUCUGCACAAACCAAAGUCGAAAUCAACUUCACUCCAAAUACCACUCUACUCUUUCAUUCUUGAUUCACAACAAAACCUCAUUUCUUCCCUGCCUUGACCGAGAGCACCGAGAGAGGGAGAGAGCUGCCGGAAACUUCUUGGAUUCAGCCGUGAGUUGGAGCAAAGCCAGGGAAGGGAAUCUGCCGGAAGCUUCACCAAUUCUACCUUCAUCCACAACCCUUUUCAGCCGCAACUCCAAACCAGAAUCACCAUCUGCACUUGGCCGAGAGCUAGGAAGGAAAUUUCUGGAAUUUCGUGUGAAAGAUUGGUUGCUAGCUGAGGAUAUUGCGAGGAAGCGGAAUUCGAUUCCCAACUUGACAUCUGAACUUCACUCUUGGUGAGUGUCCCUGCUUGUUUUAUGUUAUGUGGUUAAGCGCUUUAUUAACUUGCUAUAUUAUAACUAUGAAGUGGUUUUGACCCAUCGAAGUGAGCAAUGUGUACUUUAUCACACUAGCCUUUCGAGUGGUGACUUGCGUAAAACAUUUUUUUUGUGAAUCAAGUGCUAGACGUAAAGUCGUU